UGGGCGGGCUUGUUGAGCUCCCCGGCCAUUGGCGAAGCGGGCGGAGCGCAGCCUCCCUGGAGCGAGGAACCGUCCCCGCUGACAGAACCCCCUUUUCAGGCCGCGCCACCCGGGAGGCGGAUCCCCGGUUCCGGAGAAAGAUUCCUCCGCCCUCCUUCCCUCCCUCCUUCUCCCGCGGGCCACCCGAGCGGCCUGCGAGGAGGAGGAGAAGGAGGAGGUCGUCGGGAGUCGCGGCGGCGGCGGGCGGAGACCGCGCUCCCCCUUCCCCGGCGGCGGCGGCGGCGGCGGCGGGGGGCAGGACAAUGGAGGUGGCUGUGGAGAAGGCGGCGACGGCGCCCGCGGCGGCUUCGGCGGCAGCCGCCGGGGGACCCUCGGCAGCGCCGAGCGGAGAGAACGAGGCCGAGAGUCGGCAGGGCCCGGACUCGGAGCGCGGAGGCGAGGCGGCCCGGCUCAACCUGUUGGACACUUGCGCCGUGUGCCACCAGAACAUCCAGAGCCGCGCGCCCAAGCUGCUGCCCUGCCUGCACUCCUUCUGCCAGCGCUGCCUGCCCGCGCCGCAGCGCUUCCUCAUGCUGCCGGCGCCCGUGCUGGGCUCGGCCGAGACCUCGCCGCUGCUCCCCGGCCCCGGCUCGCCGGUCGGCGGCUCCUCGCCGUUCGCCACCCAAGUUGGAGUCAUUCGAUGUCCAGUUUGUAGCCAAGAAUGUGCAGAGCGACACAUCAUAGAUAAUUUUUUUGUGAAGGAUACUACUGAGGUUCCCAGUAGUACAGUAGAAAAAUCUAAUCAGGUGUGUACAAGCUGUGAGGACAAUGCAGAAGCUAAUGGGUUUUGUGUAGAGUGUGUUGAAUGGCUCUGUAAGACAUGCAUCAGAGCUCAUCAAAGGGUGAAGUUCACAAAAGACCAUACUGUGAGGCAGAAAGAGGAAGUAUCUCCAGCAGUUGGUGUGACCAGUCAGCGACCAGUAUUUUGUCCCUUUCAUAAGAAGGAGCAGCUAAAGCUUUAUUGUGAAACAUGCGACAAACUGACAUGUCGGGAUUGCCAGUUAUUAGAACAUAAAGAGCAUAGAUAUCAAUUUAUAGAAGAAGCUUUUCAGAAUCAGAAAGUGAUUAUAGAUACACUAAUCACCAAAUUGAUGGAAAAAACAAAGUACAUCAAAUUCACAGGAAAUCAGAUCCAGAACAGGAUAAUUGAAGUAAAUCAAAAUCAAAAGCAAGUGGAACAAGAUAUUAAAGUUGCUAUUUUUACAUUGAUGGUAGAAAUAAAUAAAAAAGGAAAAGCUCUACUGCAUCAGCUUGAGAGCCUGGCGAAGGACCAUCGCAUAAAACUUAUGCAACAACAACAGGAAGUGGCUGGACUUUCUAAACAGUUGGAACAUGUCAUGCAUUUUUCUAAAUGGGCAGUUUCCAGUGGCAGCAGUACAGCACUACUUUAUAGCAAGCGACUGAUUACAUACCGGUUACGGCAUCUCCUUCGAGCAAGGUGUGAUGCUUCCCCAGUGACCAACAAUAUCAUCCAAUUUCACUGUGAUCCUGGUUUCUGGGCUCAAAAUAUUAUCAAUUUAGGUUCUUUAGUAAUUGAAGAUAAAGAGAGUCAACCACAAAUGCCUAAGCAGAAUCCUGUCAUGGAACAGAAUUCACAGCCACAAGGUGGUUUAUCUUCAAACCAGUUAUCCAAGUUUCCAACACAGAUCAGCCUAGCUCAGUUACGACUCCAGCAUAUGCAGCAACAGGUAAUGGCUCAGAGGCAACAGGUGCAACGGAGGCCAGCACCUAUGGGUUUACCAAGCCCUAGAAUGCAGGGGUCCAUCCAGCAACCUUCCAUCUCUCAUCAGCAACCCCCUCCGCGUUUGAUAAAUUUUCAGAAUCACAGCCCCAAACCCAGUGGACCAGUUCUCCCUCCUCAUUCUCAACAGCUGAGAUAUCCACCAACCCAGAAUAUGCCACGGCAAGCAAUAAAGCCCAAUCCCUUACAGAUGGCUUUCUUGGCUCAACAAGCGAUAAAGCAGUGGCAGAUUUGCAGUGGACAGGCCCCCCCAUCAACUGCCAAUAGCACAUCCUCUACUCCUUCUAGUCCCACCAUUACUAGUGCAGCAGGAUAUGAUGGAAAGGCUUUUAGUUCACCUAUGAUUGAUUUGAGCUCACCAGUGGGAGGUUCCUAUAAUCUUCCUUCUCUGCCAGAUAUUGACUGUUCAAGUACUAUUAUGCUGGACAAUAUUGUGAGGAAGGAUACUAGUAUAGAUCAUGGCCAGCCAAGACCACCCUCAAACAGGACUGUCCAGUCACCAAAUUCAUCAGUGCCAUCUCCAGGUCUUGCAGGACCUGUUACUAUGACUAGUGUACACCCGCCAAUACGUUCACCUAGUGCCUCGAGCGUUGGGAGUCGAGGAAGCUCUGGCUCUUCUAGCAAACCAGCAGGAGCUGACUCUACACACAAAGUCCCAGUGGUCAUGUUGGAGCCAAUCCGAAUAAAACAAGAAAAUGGUGGACCACCGGAAAAUUAUGAUUUUCCCGUUGUGAUAGUGAAACAAGAAUCAGAUGAAGAAACUAGGCCUCAAAAUACUAACUAUCCAAGAAGCAUACUGACCUCCCUGCUCUUAAAUAGUAGUCAGACCUCUUCUUCUGAGGAGUCUGUGCUCAGGUCAGAUGCCCCUGAUAGCACAGGAGAUCAACCUGGACUUCACCAGGAAAAUUCCUCAAAUGGAAAAUCUGCGUGGCUGGAUGCCUCCCAAAAGUCACCUCUUCAUGUUGGAGAGACAAGGAAAGAAGAUGACCCCAAUGAGGACUGGUGUGCAGUUUGUCAGAAUGGAGGGGAACUCCUGUGCUGUGAGAAGUGUCCCAAAGUAUUUCAUCUUUCUUGUCAUGUGCCCACAUUGGCAAAUUUUCCAAGUGGAGAGUGGAUUUGCACUUUCUGCCGAGACUUAUCCAAACCAGAAGUUGAAUAUGAUUGUGAUGCUCCCAGUCACAACUCAGAAAAAAAGAAAACUGAAAGUCUUGGUAAAUUAACACCAAUAGAUAGAAGGAAGUGUGAACGCCUACUUUUAUUUCUAUAUUGCCAUGAAAUGAGCCUGGCUUUUCAAGAUCCAGUUCCUCUAACUGUGCCUGAUUAUUACAAAAUAAUUAAAAAUCCAAUGGACUUGUCAACUAUCAAGAAAAGACUACAAGAAGAGUAUUACAUGUAUACAAAGCCUGAGGAUUUUGUGGCUGACUUUAGAUUAAUCUUUCAAAACUGUGCUGAAUUCAAUGAGCCUGAUUCAGAAGUAGCCAGUGCUGGUAUAAAGCUUGAAAGCUAUUUUGAAGAACUUCUAAAGAACCUUUAUCCAGAAAAACGGUUUCCUAAACUUGAAUUCAGGAAUGAAUCAGAAGAUAAUAAAUUUAGUGAUGACUCAGAUGAUGACUUUGUACAGCCCCGGAAGAAACGCCUCAAAAGUGUAGAGGAUCGCCAGUUGCUUAAAUAAACAGCAGUAUUGGCAUGUGCUGGUUUUUCGCUUUUUUUCAAAAAUUAUUUUGUAAAUAAUUUAACAUCAUUACAAAGAAGAGUUUGUGACAACGCUGACCUAUAAUUUUUUGAUGUUUACUAGAUUUUGAUUUUCUUAACCCAUUUUUUUAACCUUCUGAUUAAUAAAGUAAGUAAGAAAGGAUGGGAAGGAGAGAGAAAGAAGAAAGAAGCACCAACAACAAAAUAAGACAUUGUUCCUACUUGCUGGAUUUGAAAACUGUAAUCUGGGAUGAUAACUACUAUAGAAAGGAAAUAGAAUUUAUAUGAAUUCUAAGUUGAAAUUUUAAUGUGGUCUGGAUGUGUGCAUUAAUCCAUUUUUAGAAAAUACCACUACUAAGUAAUUGUGGCCCAACCAUGAGUUAGGUGUACUGUCCUUAAGAAUAGCUGGGCCACAGUGAAUUAACAUGGAUGGUAAUAAGAGUUCUAUCGUAGGAUGCCUACUGGUGCAACAAAGAUUAGAUUAGACACUAUUAAGAAGGCACCUAAUAGUCAUGUAAGAUGGCAAUUGUAUUAAAGAAAAAAUGGGAAAACAAGUGUUUUUUUAUUUAUUUUUUCUUGUCUGUAGAGAUGUUUGGUAUAGCAGAUUUUCAAGGCCAUUUUCGUACAUUUCUUAAUUGAACUUCUUCCACUGAGGAAGUAAGUGAACACAUUUGGUUUUACUGUAUGUCUAUGUGUAGUUUUGUUGCUUGUUUUAACUGUUCAGGUGAUCCUUAUAUAAGGACUUAUUGUUUGCAGUAUGGUUUUUAGUGGAACAUCUGAAAUAUGAAAUACAAUUGUGUGCAGUAUUUGAUGUGAGGAUUUAAAAAAAUAUACCCUGAAAGGGACUCGUUUUUGUCAUUUUCAUCUCUCUUUAUAAUUUGAAAUGAAAAUGUGCAAUUUGGGAACAGGAAAUUGGAGAGAAUUACAGUGAAAUUUUAAUUUUUUUCUGACACAUCCAUUUCCUAUUUUUAAGAGCCAGACCCUCAGAUUGAUUCUUUGAUCUCACUUAAUUCUGAAUUUCCUUUGUAUCCUUCCAAUGGAGAUACAAAAGAUACCUUCUGAGGGCAAGCGUAUUCCUUAAUGGGCCAGACCUAGCUAAUUUAACUAAUAUUCAUUUAUUCUUUAUUGGUCAGUGAAGGAAACUAGAGUAAGAUAGUGCCCCUUGCUAAUUUAACAUUUGACAGAAUAUUUACACAUGAAUUAUUUUUAGUUUGCCAAAGUAAACCUUUAUUUAUAAAACACUAAUUGCCGGAGGACAUUAUUCUCUUUAGGCUGAUGGAAUAAAAAUAUGGCUGGCUUGAAAGAAUGUUACUUUUUGGAAGGUAUCAUCUUCCAUGAAUUAAACCUAGAGGACUUGAUUUUAUCAUUGUAGCAUUGCUUCUUAAAAUGGACAAUUUGAAAAUAUUCUGUGGCUAAUUGAUUGGGUUUUCGGACAUUGAUAAAGAUAAAAUAUGAGAAAAUAACUUACUAGCAAUAGUGUCUCACUUUCUAUGUAGAUUUAAGCCUUGUCCAUAGCGUAAAUUAUGAAUUAAUGGUUAAAAAGUCUUAAUCAUCUUUUCAAAUUUGUGUUUAAGUUUAUUAUGGUGGUGGUGAUAAUAUUGUUUUGAAUAUGCAUUUGACAUUUAUUCUCCAAAGACUGAACAAAUUUUUAUCGCACAUAUACCAUUUAAUUGUUUUAUUUUGCACCAGCAUUUAUUGACACCAGCUGUUGAGCUUUUAGUAGUAAGUUUAAUGUUGGUAUCUUUGAAUACUGUUCUUCUGACAGUUUGUUAUUCCAUAUUUGUCUCCAGAGUUGAAACAGGACAAUAGAGAUAAAUUUUUUUUUAAAUAUAUUUUUAUUGAUUUUUUACAGAGAGGAAGGGAGAGAGAUAGAGAGCUAGAAACAUCGAUGAGAGAGAAACAUCGAUCAGCUGCCUCCUGCACAUCUACUGGGGAUGUGCCCGCAACCCAGGUACAUGCCCUUGACCGGAAUCGAACCUGGGACCUUUCAGUCCACAGGCCGACGCUCUAUCCACUGAGCCAAACCGGUUUCGGCAAUAGAGAUAAAUUUUUGAGAAGGAUCACAAAGGGAAUUAGCACUAAACAGAAAAUAUAUAUAAAAUAUUUUCUAAAGGCAUCUGAGCCAGAAUUUCUAACAUACUCAAAACUUAUAUUCAGUGCGAUAUUAAUCUUUUAAAACAGUAUUUAAAGUAAGUGUUCUUCUCUCCAAAUAUUCCUCAGUGACAGUCUUAAUGAUUAAAGUCCUGUGACCUUAUUAACAGGCAUCUAUAUACUCAGGUGGAUCCCAGCUAAUUAGUCCUUAAAUUCUAAUAGACAGCUGUAAGAUAUCCUAACUAUAUACACCCCCUGCUCAUUUAUUGAGCAUCCUCCCAAAAGUUUAGUGCAAUUCAAGCAACCUUGGUCUAACAGGAAAACACUGCAGUGUUUAUCUCUGAUCCAAAAACUCCAGAGAUAUCCUUCUGGAGUUGGAAACAAGAGCCCAGUAUCAUAGCUGAAAGACCCUCAAUACAUGAUUACUCCAUUAUGGGGGCUUAUGAACAAGUAAAGCAUAUGGGAGCGAGGAAUUACUCAAUUCCAACUCAUCAAAAGCUUUCCCAGAUGCCAAUCAUUUGAUCUUUCCAGCAAUAAGGGAACCCAAGUGCACAGUCAGUGACUUAUAUGGCCAUGGCAAAAAGUAUAAAUGGACUGAGAUAUACCAUAUUAAAUUCAAAAUGUAUGUGCACAUCAGCAUCUGGCAAUGCAAUCAUUUUGUCCUUUGAAUUAACAGGACCUGCCUACCUUUUUUGAAUGGAGGGGUAGGAAAUUGGAAAAUGCUAAGAGGAAAUGUCCUCUUGCCUGGGUAGUUUUAACUUUCUUUACUAAACUAAAGAAGAGGCUCCCCAUUUUACUACAAUAUAAUAGUGUAGUUGUAACAUAACUUAAGAAUGCGUUCAGAAAGUUUCACUCCAAAGCCCAAAAGGUGAGUAGUAGACAGACCUUUAUUUAUGAAAUUGCAUUUUAAAGUCCUAUGAUGCCACAGUGCUUAAACUUUUGAAUUUGGGUUUCAUGGAGAGACUAGACAAUGAAAGAAGGAACUCCUCCUUUUGCUGAGCCCUGAUCUACAAAUAAUGUGAAUCCCAAAAAUAAGUUGCUUCAUGUGAUGAACAAAAAGUUUACAGGUUUAAACUAAAGAUAUACUCAUUUUCUGUUUAUCUGUACUUGUUAUGAAUGAGAGAAAUCAAGUGAUCUGAUUAGCCAUUAAAAUUACGGACAUGACCAUGAGUUUAACUAAUUUCUUAUUGAAAUAGAGUACCUCCUUUUAAAUAAUCAUGUACAUAUUUUUUUAAGUAUUUUAUAACCUCAUGUAAAUUAAUAGUUGAAGUCUUUUUACAAACACAUCACCCAUCAUUUUGGGUGUGAAUUUACUAAGUCAUAAUUCACAUGCUGGUGGCUCAUGUUUCUGAGUGAGAAUAAUGCUAGCCAAUCAGAUCACAAUUUCUAUCUCCAUGGAGGUUUUGCUUAUUGUGAAGGACAUCUGAGAAAUAGUCCUUGUUUGUUUGUUUGUUUAAUUUUAGAGAGCCAACUGGUGCAUUGAUUUUAAUAAAAAUUAGCAUUGAUUGAUU